AUGGUUCAAUCAUCUGUUCUAGGUUUCCCCCGUAUGGGUAAGCUCCGUGACCUGAAGAAGGCCACUGAGUCUUACUGGGGUGGAAAGUCUACCCGCGAGGCUCUCCUUGCUGAGGGUAAGCGUCUCCGUCUGGAGCACUGGCAGAUCCAGAAGGAGGCCGGUGUCGAUGUCAUCCCCUCCAACGACUUCGCUUUCUACGAUCAGGUCCUCGACCACAUCCAGCUGUUCAAUGUCAUCCCUGAGCGUUACAGCAAGUACAACCUCGACCCCCUUGACACAUACUUCGCCAUGGGUCGUGGACUCCAGAAGCCAGAGGAGCAGAUCGAUGUGCCUGCGCUCGAGAUGGUCAAAUGGUUCGACUCUAACUACCACUACGUCAAGCCCGCUCUCUCCGACAACCAGGAGUUCAAGCUCGCUGCUGACCCUAAGCCCGUCCGUGAGUUCCUCGAGGCCAAGGAGGCCGGCAUUGUCACCCGCCCUGUUAUCCUGGGUCCUGUCUCCUUCCUUGCCCUUGGUAAGGCCGACCGUGGCUCUAGCAUCAACCCCAUCACCAAGCUGGCUGAUCUCCUGCCCGUCUACGUUGACCUUCUGGCUCAGCUGAAGGCUGCCGGUGCCGAGGAUGUUCAGAUUGAUGAACCAACUCUGGUCUUUGAUCUGGCUGCUGAUGUGAAGAGCAGCUUUAAGGUUGCUUAUGAGAAGCUGGGCAACCUGGGUGCUGCCGCUCCCCGCCUGACCCUGGCCACCUACUUUGGUGACAUCGUUCACAAUGUUGAGGUUCUUUCUCAUCUCCAGAGCCUCCACGCCAUCCACGUGGAUCUGGUUCGCAACCCUGAGCAGCUCGACACCAUCAUCGCUGCCCUCGGUCCCAAGCAGACCCUCUCUGCCGGUGUCGUCGAUGGACGUAACAUCUGGAAGACCAACUUCAAGGCUGCCAUUGAGAAGGUUGAGGCUGCUGUCCAGAAGCUUGGCAAGGACCGUGUCAUUGUCGCCACCUCCAGCUCCCUCCUCCACGUCCCCCACACCCUGGACUCUGAGAAGAAGCUUGAUGCUGAGGUUCGCGACUGGUUCAGCUUCGCUGUCCAGAAGCUUUCCGAGGUUGUUGUUAUUGCCAAGGCUGUUACUGACGGCCCCUCCGCCGUUGCUGCUCAGCUCGAGGCCAACGCCGCCUCUAUGCAAUCCCGUGCUACCUCCAAGCGCACCAACGACCCUGCUGUCAAGGCCCGCCAGGCUGCUGUCACCCCUGAGCAGCACAACCGCCAGUCUCCCUUCCCUACCCGUAUUGCUGCCCAGACUGAGCACAUCAAGCUUCCUCUCUUCCCUACUACCACCAUUGGAAGUUUCCCCCAGACCCCUGAGAUCCGUGUGACCCGUAACAAGUUCACCAAGGGCGAGAUCACUGCUGAGCAGUACGAGAAGUUCAUUGAGGAGGAGAUCCGCAAGGUUGUCAAGCUCCAGGAAGACCUUGAUCUCGACGUUCUGGUCCACGGCGAACCUGAACGUAACGAUAUGGUUCAGUACUUUGGAGAAAGGUUAACUGGUUAUGUUUUCACUACACAUGCGUGGGUUCAAUCGUAUGGCUCGCGUUGCGUUCGCCCUCCGAUCAUCGUCGGUGACAUCAGCCGCCCUGCUCCUAUGACCGUGAAGGAGAGCAAGUUCGCUGCCUCCAUCACCAACAAGCCCAUGAAGGGUAUGCUUACUGGUCCCAUCACCUGCUUGCGUUGGUCUUUCCCUCGUGAUGAUGUGCACCAGUCCAUCCAGGCUCAGCAACUUGCCCUUGCUCUCCGCGAUGAGGUUGUUGACCUUGAGACCGCUGGUGUUAAGGUUAUCCAGAUCGAUGAGCCUGCUCUUCGUGAGGGUCUUCCCCUUCGCACCGGUACCGAGCGUGAGAAGUACCUCAAGUGGGCUGUCGAUGCUUUCAAGCUUUCAUCUGCUGGUGUGACAGACUCAACCCAGAUUCACUCUCAUUUCUGUUACAGUGAAUUUCAAGACUUUUUCCACGCUAUCGCCGCCUUGGAUGCCGACGUUCUGUCUAUCGAGAACAGCAAGUCUGAUGCCAAAUUGCUCAAGGUUUUCGUUGACAGCCAAUACCCAAGAGAGAUUGGCCCUGGUGUGUACGAUAUCCACUCCCCUCGUGUUCCCACCGAGGAGGAGAUCAAGGGCCGCAUCGAGGAGAUGCUGGCUUACCUCCGUCCCGAGCAGCUCUGGAUCAACCCUGACUGCGGUCUCAAGACCCGUAAGGAGGUUGAGGCUAAGGGACAGCUCCAGUCCAUGGUGGCCGCAGCUAAGGUCUUCCGUGCCAAGUACGCCAAAUAA